UCAUUUCUUCACAGACUAUCACAAGACUGUCUCCACGUCUUGUCUGGUCCUGCUCUAUUCUAUGCAUUCACAUCAAAUUUCCAAUUCUCAGUUAAUAUUUUCUUUUAAUCGGAACUUCAAAGAGAAUUUUGUUAGGGUUUCGUGCGGAGGAAGAUGCCGUUGGCCAGGUAUGAGAUAAGAAAUGAGUACGAAUUGGCCGAUCCGGAGCUUUAUAGAGCUGCUGAUAAGGAUGAUCCUGAAGCUCUUUUGGAAGGCGUUUCCAUGGCCGGCCUCGUCGGCGUCUUGCGCCAGCUCGGCGACUUAGCCGAAUUUGCUGCUGAGGUAUUCCAUGAUUUGCAUGAAGAAGUCAUGGUAACUGCAGCUAGAGGCCAUGGCCUUAUGGCUCGUGUUCAGCAACUUGAGGCUGAAGUUCCUUCAAUUGAGAAAGCAUUUCUCUCUCAAACUGAUCAGUCGCAAUUCUUCAGUAAUGCAGGUGCUGAUUGGCAUCCUAAUUUGCACAUGGAACAAAAUCUGAUCACUCGUGGAGACUUGCCUCGUUUUGUAAUGGAUUCUUAUGAAGAAUGCCGAGGUCCCCCACGCUUAUUCCUUCUGGAUAAAUUUGAUGUUGCUGGUGCUGGAGCAUGUUUGAAGCGUUACACUGAUCCGUCAUUAUUUAAAGUUGAAACAGCAUCUUCCGGCAUGGAAUUUCAGAGAGAGAAGAAAAGUCGAAAAGUGAAGAAGAAAGGAUCGCGGUGGAAGAAUGGAGAAACCCCGGAAGUCAUGCCACCAUCUCAUGCCAAAUUGCAUCAGUUAUUUUUGGAGGAGCGUGUUGAAAAUGGUCAUUCUGACCCUGCACGUCUUGUAAAGUUGAAGCGAAGGCAACUAAAUGGGUCUCCAUUUGAUCUGAAAUCUGGAAGAAGUUGCAUGGAGAAGUUACUUGGGACUCCUUCACCUGAACACAAAGCAGUCUAUGAGGUUUCUGUUAAUCAGUCACCAUUGAAAUUGACAUUGGACAAUUGUAGUGAAUUAGGGCUUGAUCUACUGGAGAUUGGCACCAUAAGUCCUGCAAGAAACUCAUCACAAGGAAGGGAAAGCACAGCUUCAUCUCCCAUUGCACAAGAAGUUGUGCUGAAAUCUUUUACGAACGAAUUGGAUGAGGAGGUUUUUACUAGAGAUGUAGUAAAGGUCCCUGACCCAAUAUUUAAUGGUGAGGAUGACACAUCCCUUCAUAUCACUCACAAGAUGGCAAUUGAUGAAUUGGCUGUUGAUGGGGAUAGAAAGACAGAAAGUGUAGAUGGGGACCAAUCUGAUGACUUGAUGAGUGAGGUCGACAACUAUAUGGAUGCUCUUACUACCAUUGAGUCGGAACUGGAAACAGAUAAUGAUUACAAACCUAAAAAUAAUCUGGGUUUCUGGAAGGUUGGGAAAAAAGGGAGAGGUUCUGAUGCCAAAGAUGAAUAUGUGGAUUUACGGGCUAUCUUUUCUGAUUCUCAGUCAUUCGGAAAUUCUUCUGUAUCUGAUGAUGGGAAAAGUUCAUUUAAGAAAGGUAGAUCUAGUUUCUCCUACUCUGAUUCUCUUAGCAAUGUGGCUGAGAAUGCAGCAUCUGAUAGUGAAGAGGCAGUGAAAGUGUCCCCUUCUGAAAAUUGUGCAGCAGAGACUCUGGAUUCACCAUUGGACCAUCCAUCAGAGAAUGUAGGAACCCUAUCUAGUGAAGCUAUAGUUCACAAUAGUACGUAUAAUGAGGAAGAUGCAGUUCGUGAGACUGUAGAAGCAACGCGUAGUUCUUGUCCUUCAGAUUUGAAUUCGUCUCCACCUUCAAUUUCUGUUGCAGAUUCAAUCAUGGCUCCCUCAGAGGAGACUGUGAUAGAUAAACCAUCCUAUGAGCGCAUUAAUCUUGCUCCUGAAACACUGAACGAUGACCAAAAUGGCAAGGAUUUGCAGGAUUCCUCCAUAAUCUUACCUAUAGAAGAGGUGGAUCAUGGAGAUCGGUCAAAUUUGUCAUAUAUGGAAAAGGAAGGUGAUGAAGAUUUUGUGAAUGCAAUGCUUGAAACAGACAAUGGAGAUGGAUUUUUGGAUAAAAAUUUGGUUGAAGGGAAUCUUAACUCUCCAAAAUCAUUUAUUUCACUAUCAAAGGAGCAGUUCCAGUUCCCAGUUUCUUCAGAAGUUAUUGCGGAUACGGUUGUCACAGAAAUGUCCGAGAGCAUAACUCUUGUAAAUCCUGUUGAAGUAGAUACUGAAGUAAAUGAUGCCGGUUUAGCAGCAGGAGUUGACUCGGAAAUGUUAACUGGAGUGGUGGAACCUCCUAAGGUUGAUAGCUUUAAGGCGCAGCAAUACUCAGACAUGGCAGUUAAUAUUUCAGAAGAUGAGCCUGAAUUGACAAAGGUAGAUAUUAAAGUGGCUGCAAUUGGUGGGGUUACUGUCCCGUCCGAGAACCAAUCCAAUCAUACAGAUGUAAAUUUGGAUGAGGAUGUGGUUGUAUCUCCCGUCUCUGUUGCUACUUGUUCUAAUGAGGGCGUCAGUGAUGCUAAUUGUUUGGCUUCAGAUUUUGUUGGCUCUCUAUCCGGUAAUGGUGUAGAUAUUCAAGAAUGUUUUUCCGCGAAUCAGGAUCCUCAUCAGAAACGAUUGCACUACGAUGAAUUAGUUUUACCAGAAUUCUGUACAGAAUUAGAGGAACAGAAGGAAGUAAAAGAAUUGGAAGUUGCUUUUACAGAUCUGGAGUCUGGUCCACAACAAUCAGUCUCUGAUAGCCAGUCCAAUGUAGAUGUGCUUGAACAUGUUCAGGAGUCAGCUCUCCCUGAUGAAACACAAGACAGAAACACAUCUUAUGUUACUAACAUCACCAUUCUUCCAUCCUCAGAAUUCAACAACCAGAAGACAGAGUGUUACUUGAGGCAUUCUGUAGAUUGUAGUGAAGAUGCUGCAAGUUCGCCUACCUGUUAUCUGCCAGAGGCAGAAACUGCUUUAGCACACUCGGUGGAGUUGCAGGAUGGUCAAAAUCUUGCAGAAUCUUCUUUUGCAGCCAGGGAGGAAGUUAAUUCUGAGUCAUCUGUUCCUCAGAAUUUAUAUAUUUGUGAUCAUGCAGAGCCUGGAAUGCUUUCAGAGCAAUCACUGGAAUUGCAAUCUAAUAAACAUGAUGCAGGGUGUUCGCAUGCAAACGAAAGAAUUUCCAAGUUGUCUGAUCGGAUGUCUGAAAACAUAGAGGGCCUGGAUGCUUCUCCCAAUUUAGCAGCUCUUCCAAGCCAAGAACUUUUAGUGCAAUCAGCAGGUCAGGAAACCAAUAAUACUGUGCUUUCAGAGACUCCAUUUAAAUCUGUAUUUCCCAGCUUUGGCCCAGUCCGUCAAAGUUUGGAGGAGGUGCCACCACUGCCACCCUUACCUCCUAUGCAAUGGAGGUUAGGGAAGUUUCCACCUGCUCCACAGGCUUCACAGGAAGAAUGGACUGAUUGGGGUCAUGGCACUCCCUUUCCAACGCAGUCAUUUAUAACAUACGAGCACUUUCAAGCUGAAGCUGUAUCAUCAGGUGGAGAGAGUAUGCAGCCGUCAAACCCGUUCUUAUAUGUCAAUUCAGGAGAUAUUCAGAGGUCAGAACACUUGUCUGCAGAGUCAAUGGAAAGUUCCUUGCAGCCAAUAUCCCAGUCACCUGAGAUGCCGACAGUUGCUAGAGAUGCAAAAUAUACGCAUGAUAGUCGCCCACUGGAGGGAGUACAAUCUUUAAACCCGUUCCUGAAUUCAUCAGAUAUAAAUCAUUUGGGGUCUGAUGAUGAUUUGAUGGCAUCAAGAGAAAACCCAAUAGGAUCAAGUUCAGAGACAUUAUCAUCAGCGGCAACUCAAAAACACGCAGAAACGGAUCGUGAUCCUGAACCCUUAGAUGGCCGACAAAUCAAGAACUUGAACCAAGUUAUACCUGAAUCUAUUUCAGAGGCAAAGAUACCUGAGAACAGUUCGCAAAAUGUAAGAGAAGAAAACAAUUAUGUUGACAAGUCUGCAUCGCCCUCCACCAGACUGGAACACCAGCCUCAGCAAGAUUUAGUUACUUUGCACGGAGAAACAACAUGGUCACAGAGUACAUUAGCAUUUCCACCAAAUUAUGCAGUUGGAAAGCCAAAUGGGAGCAAGAUUCCUCGCCCUCGGAAUCCUCUCAUCGAUGCUGUUGUUGCACAUGAUAAAAGCAAGUUAAAGAAGGUAACAGAACGAAUCUGUCCUCAAGUUGCACCAAACAUAGAUGAAAGAGAUUCGUUACUAGAACAGAUACGAGCCAAGUCCUUCAGCUUGAAGCCCGCAACAGUGACAAGGCCUAGUAUGCAGGGAAUUCAUGGACCAAAAACUAAUUUGAAGGUUGCUGCCAUAUUGGAGAAAGCAAAUCAAAUUCGACAGGCAUUUGCUGGAAGUGAUGAAGAUGAUGAUUCAGACAGCUGGAGUGAUUCUUGAGAAAAAUUAUCAUUUACCGGUUGAUAAAGCCUUGAGUUGCUGUAGAUACAUCUUUAUUCUCCCCUAGAGUGAAUUGCGGCAUCUGCAAUCCGGGAUAUUUUUUUCCUCUAUAUACUAUAAUCAUGUAUAGGCUCGCCUUUCUCCUCCUGUGUUUUCCGUGUCACACAUUUGUCGUAGUGAAUAGUGUUCGAAUGUCGCCUGUGCUCUUACCUCGGGAAGGGUGGAAUGGAAAUCUGGAAGAAGAGCUAAACGGCUAAAUUGUAUGUAUUGCUGUAUACUUGUCUCAGUAUCUUGAUAAGAUGUAAAAUGUGCUGAAGUGGCAUAAAUUUUGAGGUGUAGCGAAACUUCUAAUGAAAUUUUGUUAUACCGGUAUAA